ACAAAAUGGUCGAUUGUUAGAAACUGAAACUUUUCAAUACGAAAAUAUUUUUGUUAAAUUGACCAAAACAUGUCCAAAAGAGAAUUAAAUGAUCGAAACGAAAGGAAGUUGGAUUCUAGUGAUUAUGAAAACAUCCUUUCGCAGCAUAAUAUAUUUGAAGCGUCGAGACCAAAACACCAAGAACUGCCCAGUUUUCCUGGUUAUUCAAAUGCGGAAACACAAACCAAACCUAGUGAUAUAAAGGGUCAAUCAGCACAAUCAGGCCUAGGCGCCUGGCCAUAUAAUCCAUGGUGGAUGCUGGCAAGUACUUCAAAAACAGCUCCAUCUCAAGAUGACUUUUCAGAAGGAAGUGAUCAAACGAAAGUUAAGAAAGAACCAAGUGGUGCUGGUACACCAGAUCGUGAUCCACUACCAUCAGAUUUUGAACAAUUUCAGUCAGCAACACCUCCAGCUGGUCUUGAUUCAUUUUGCGAUGACUGCUCAGAUCCUUUUUGUGAUUCAAGUACGCCAGUUUGUCGUAAGCUCUUCCACUGCCCACAUUGCAGAAAAAGUUAUCCUACCAUUUUAGAAUUCAAUACACACUUAACAGGUGUGCACCCAGCGCAAAAACCAUUCCGGUGUCAAAUUUGUUUAGAGCCAUUUCACAAAAAGUCACAUCUUCGCAGACAUUUAGAUUCAAGCCAUUCACGGAAAGAUGUAAACAAGUGUUCUGUCUGUUCUAAAUAUAUUAAAGAUAAAAGCAACUUACGAAAACAUAUGCAGGUUCAUACAGGGAGAGUGCCACAAAAGCAAUUUAAAUGUGACCUGUGUAACAAUAAGCGAUAUAUGUCACUAGACAGAUUAAAUAAUCACAAGGUAGUCUGUACAGGUGAAAAAGUAUUGAAAUAUUGCGAUAUGUGUACUAAAGUAUUUGACAAUUCAAGAUCAUUGAAUAGCCACAAGAAAGUACAUGCAAGGGAACUGAAAUGUGAAAACUGUGGUGAACAACUCAGGUCACUCGAGCAGUUUAAUAAUCACCAGUUGGUUUGUCUUACAAACACUUCUGAGGUGAGUGUAACAGCAUCAACAAGUAGUGGAGCAACUGUGAAUCCUUGCUGCACCCAGCCUGGGCUAUGUGAACAUGAUAAACCUGCCUAUUUGAAUAUACCAAGCUAUGCAGCUAAUAGAGUGUUAAAUGCAACACUAUCUUCUCUUAAAUCAGAUUUGAACUGACAACAUUUAUAACACUUUAUUCACAGCAUAUGUAGUUUCUUACAUAAAACUUGAUCUUUACAAAUUACCAAAUAGAUAAAUGAAUGGUUAUAAUUUUUCACAAUCAAAAAUUACACAAGACUGAUGCAAAUAUCCCGCCUCACAACUUGCUUUAUUAUUACCAUUUUAAUGUAGAUUGUAGAUAGUGAGUAAGUAAAAUAUUGAAAUUUAUGUAUGUCUGUAUUGUUUUCAUUAGGCCACACUACAAUAUAGAUGUGCACCGUUAUUCCAUAAAAUCAGCUUUACUAUUUAAUCAGAAAGAAUAUUUACAUUCUGUAAUUUAAUUAUUAUUUGAAUACUGUUAAAGCCUUGACUGAUUUAGACUACUAUUUAAUGUGCAGUAUUACAUUAAACAUUUUUAUUUUUCUAUUUUUAAUGUAAGAGCUAUAUUUUUUUAAUAAACUAGAAUAUGUUAAUAUAGUACCUUAUCUAAUAAUUUUAAAAAUAUAUAAAUGUCCCAGCUGACACUUUCUACUGCUCCAUUGUGGUUGUCUAAAUCAUCUGAAAAAUACAUGUCCUCAGUUAAUAAGACGUUUUUCUGUUACAAAUUUUAAAUAGUAUUUCUUGAAGGUGCAAUAAAAAUGCGGCUUAGCCAUUGUAUGAGAUGUUAAAUAUUUUUUGUUGGAUUUAAUCACACCUUUAUUGACAUUGCAAAACAUAUAUGUUUAUUAAUCAGUAAUUGAUGGCAAUGUUUCAAAAUAAAUUUGUGUAGAUAAAUGUACUUGGUCAAACCUAAUUUCUAUAAUUGAAAAGAAUCUUGCUAUUAAUUUUGUAAAACAAUUUAAUCAUUAUUUAUAUACUUUAUGUUAUAAAAAUUUUACUUUUAUAAACUGUUAUAUUAUAAGAUACAAACAAGACUUCAAUGUUGAGGCUCGUUUAUUUGUUGCUAUUUUAAUUAUUGUUUAAACACAUGCUUGUUCACUUAUUAUUGUAAGUAAUUUAAGUUUAUAUUAUAUUGGGAGUACAGUUAGAUAAGUUCAAUAUUUACUUUGGUAGAUUCUAAAUUUAUUUUCAAACUAUUAAUAUUUAUUGUAAAGCUUUGUAUAUUUUAAAACAAACUUUUACACAAAACAACAUGAACCUAAAUUUCAAGCAAUAUCACAGUUUCUGGGAAUAUGUUUGUUCAAUAAUACAUAUAGAUAUACUUUAUUUAACAUGAUAGAUCUGUUUUGUAUAAAUAUUAUUCAUUUAUACAUAUUCAUUAUAUUUAUUAUUAAUUCAUAAAAUAAUUGUAACAUAAUUGGUUAUAGCUUAAAAUUAACUCUGUUCAAAUACAUUUUGAAUGACUUUUCUAUGAAAAUAACAUUAUGUUAAAAAAUACUAGAAUCUUCCUAGGUACCCCCAGAAACCAAGUAAGUGAUAUUAAAUAUCCAAAUUUUCCUUUAGUUUAGUGGACUAAUUAUAGUUAAGAUUAGAAUGUAUAAUGCAUUAAAUAGGUACAAUAGUACAAAUAUGAAUGAAUAUUUGAGGUGUUUCUGCAGAAGAAUGGGUAAUGAUAAUUGGGGUGAUUUUACUUUAAUUUGUUCAAAAUUCUUUGUAUAGCAGGGCUAGAUUUUCUUUAAAAAUUACUAUUUAUUUAGGUGGAUAUUAAAUAUGAAAUUUUAAGUCAGUCCUGCUAUGAGGAAUAAGUUAAGACUUGAACAGGAAUUAAGGUAACAUUCACUGAAAAAUAGUACAUGUGAAAACUUUCACACAAUAGACCAAGCCUAAUUUUUCAUUAAUAUUUUCAAUAAUUAUAUAAUAAGUUUGUAAAAACUUUACAAACUUUAUGAAUUGUACGUUUUUAGCUACAUAGGUUUUAGGAAAAUAUGUGUUCAUAUUAUAUUAACUUUAGUUUUAACUAGUUGGAUCUAAGAUAUGUGUAUAUUUACUACUGGGUACUGAACCUCUUUAUUAAUUAUAUAUAAUCUCUAUAGAAUAUAUAUGUACUUUCAAAAGUUUACCAAUUUCUUUUUGUUCUGAAUACUGCACUGGGAAAAUUUUAUAUAAUUUAUCUUUUAAGUAUAUAUAUAAUUAAUAUUCACAUUAAAUUUUUACAUUAUUUAGAAAAUUGGUUUCCUACCCAGUGUAAUUUACACUAGAUAAACACACAGUGCAAUUUUUCCCUUAUAAAUAAUUCUAAUAUUCCACCGAUGUUAAGUUUUGCUUCCAGCCUUCUCAGUACCUCUUUUUUUUUUAAUUAAUCAUGGUUAUAAUGAGGGAGCAAUUUGUAACAACAAACUGCUACUGUUACCUUAAGAUAUUAGCUUUAUUUAGAGUUGUCAUUUGAAUACACAAACUGUACAUUACAUUUUAAUACAUAACAAUAAUAAAAAAAAUCUUUCCAUA